AUGGUGGUGGGAAUGAUGUUUGUCGCAUCGGAAAGACUACGAAGGCCAAAAUCAACAAUGAAAUUGCCGCCGGGACCGCCUAAAUUGCCAAUAAUUGGGAACUUGCACCAGAACCUGUGCCAGCUCGGUGGUGGUAAUGAAUUGAUCCACAUCGCCUUAUUCAAAAUGUCACAGAAGUAUGGUGGGAUUAUGACAGUGUGGUUAGGCAUGAAACCGACUAUUAUCGUAAGCAAUCAUGAAGGAGCUUGGGAGGUUCUUGUAAACAAGUCCACCGACUAUGCGUCACGAAUGGUCCCUUACAUGUCUAAAUAUGUCACUGCUAACUGGACAACGCUUUUCUCCUCCGAUCAUGGUCCAUACUGGCAAUCCCUUCGAAAAGGUGUCCAGGCCUUUGCUAUGAAUCCAUCAGCCAUCUCUACUCAAACAGUCUCAAGAAAAUGA